AUGGAAUCAGCAAACAGCCUGAUCUUCCUAAUCCUUGGUAUCGGCCUCGGUCUAAUGGCGAACAUCGGCAGUCUUUGGGUACUGAAUGCGUUCGGCAGACGUCUCCUGGUGCUACUAUCUCUGUCGAUUACAGUGGUGCUUUGUUUAGCAAUGGGCAUAGCUGGGUGCUUUGAAGGAGUCGUCACAUUAUGGUACACUUCGGUGACAAUGAUGAUUGUAACCAUGGUAUGCGGUCUAGGGAUCUGGCCUGCUUCCCAUGUCAUCGCUGCCGAAACGUCAUCACUGCAACUUCGUGCCAAGUCUCAAGGCAUUGGUUGGUUUGUGAGUGGUAUUUCUCAAGGUGUCUUCUCCAUUAGUCUCACGUAUAGAUAUAAUCUGGAUGCGGGGAAUCUCAAAGCUAAGACAGGGUUUGUUAUGGCUGGGCUCGCGCUAAUUGGUAUAGUUGCGACUUUGAUUUGGGUACCAGAGAUGAAGGGCCGCACGUCGAUGGAGAUUCAUCACAUGUUUGCAUUGAAUCUCAAGACCCGUGCUUUCAAGAAUUGGAGGAGUGAUGUGUUCAUUGAGAAGGAUCUCGACCCACUGGGGCGGCCAGCUGAGGUGUGA